GCUGUGUGAUUUGUGUUGUCUAAUUCGAGAUUUUUCAAAAAUGUACACUGCUCACCGGAUUUAUUGGGUUGCAAAGUGAAUUUUGGAUAAAAUUACAGUAUUUUUUUCAAAUCACGCCAAUGAGCGUUGUCUUCAUCGCACAAACGCCACAUCAACCGAGUUAUUCAACCGUGGUUGAUGCAGAAGAAUGAAGACCACCCUUCGUUGUAGUGGGAAAAAAUGAGAGUAGGCGAAGCCGGAGCCGUAGAAAUUGAACAAUUUUUCCGUUAAUGUCGCAUUUUCGAAUGUGUUAACAAAGCGACAAAGACAAAAAUGUUGGCCGGUGCUUUCGUAUUUACAGCGUUGUGUCUGGUGCUCGUCGCAACCGCAGAGAUACCGAAAAAUUCGACGCGCAAAUGCGAAAUUCCCGCGUCCGCACCGAAAAAGGUCGAGGAAGUGAUUAACCAAUGUCAGGAUGAAAUUAAAUUAGCGAUUCUUUCAGAGGCUUUGGAAGCUUUAAGUCUCAAUUCACAGGAAAAUGAGCAUUCUCGCAGUAAAAGAGCAGCUUUUACCGAUGACGAACGAAGAAUAGCUGGUUGUUUAUUGCAAUGCGUGUACAGAAAAAUGAAAGCCGUGAAUGAAUAUGGUUUUCCAACAGUCGAAGGUUUGGUGGAAUUGUACACUCAUGGAAUCAAACAGAAGGAAUACAUUAACGCAACAGUUUAUUCGGUAGAAUUCUGCAUUAACAAAGCCAAGAAGAUGCAUUCAGUAACUGAGGAAUCUUUACUGCAAGAUCACGUUAAAACCUGCGACAUCGCCUACGACAUAUUCGACUGCGUGUCCGAAGAAAUCGGAAAUUAUUGCGGACAAACACCAUAAGACCUAUAACGGGAUAUUCGGAAUGCAAAUAUUUAUUUAUUGAAAAUAUCCUCUCCUGUUGUAUUUGUAUUAUAAAUUGUAAACGUUGCAAAAUUGUCGUAAAUUACUUUAACAAUCAAGCGUGUAGUGAAUUAGCUCAACGAUAUGGCGAUGUACAAUAUGUACCUAAAUAUACAUAAAUAUGUAGAUAUACAGUUAGGAAAUUAGAGAUGAGAUAUUUUAAUAAAACAUUAGAUAAUUUUAUUGUAUAUUACUGGCGAUCUGUAGAAAUAAUUAAUUAAUUGGAUAGACAUUAGUAGUAAAUUCACCAAAGACAUUUUAUGUUUUUAACGUUUUUCG